GCACAGCGGAGGCCAGAAGAGCACUGCUGUUCUUAGCGGGUGGAGCCAGGGGAGUUUUUUAAAAAAACAACAACCUUGAUUGCCUGGGUCUGUGAGAAUUCAGCAUGGAGUGUCUGUCUUGUCUGCUGGGAUUUCUGCUUCUGGCUGCAAGAUUACCUCUUGAUGCCGCCAAACGAUUUCAUGAUGUGCUGGGCAAUGAAACAACUUCUGGUUAUAUGAGGGAGUACAGCCAACUCAAUGGCUGGUCUUCUGAUGAAAAUGAGUGGAAUGAAAAGCUGUAUCCAGUGUGGAAAAGAGGAGACUCGAAGUGGAAAAACUCCUGGAAAGGAGGCCAUGUGCAGGCAAUUCUGACCAGUGAUUCUCCAGCCCUUGUAGGCUCAACUAUAACAUUUGUGGUAAACCUGGUAUUCCCCAGAUGCCAAAUGGAAGAUGUCAAUGGCAACAUAGUUUAUGAGAAGAACUGCAGAAAUGAUACUGGUCCAUCUCCUGACCCAUAUGUUUACAACUGGACGGAGGAAGUUGACUGGGGAAAUGGCAACAGCCCAGGCUAUCAUGUGUUCCCUGACGGAAGGCCCUUCCCUCACCACCCUGGAUGGAAGAGAUGGAAUUUUGUCUACGUCUUUCACACACUUGGUCAGUAUUUCCAGAAAUUAGGACGGGGUUCAGCAAGAGUUUCUAUGAACACAGCCAAUGUGCCACUUGGCCCUCAACUCAUGGAAGUAGCUGUGUAUAGAAGACACCGACGGUCAUAUGUUCCAAUUGCAAAAGUGAAAGAUGUGUACGUGGUAACAGAUCAUAUUCCUGUGUUUGUGACUAUGUACCAGAAGAAUGAUCGAAAUUUAUCUGAUGAAACCUUCCUCAGGGACCUUCCCAUUAUGUUCACUGUCCUGAUUCAUGACCCCAGUCACUUCCUCAAUGAGUCGGCCAUUUACUACAAGUGGAACUUUGGAGAUAAUACUGGUAUUUUUGUUUCCAACAAUCCAACUCUGAAUCACACGUAUGUGCUUAAUGGAACCUUCAACCUUAACCUCACUGUGCAAGCUGUGGUGCCUGGACCCUGUCCUUCAUCUUCACCCAAACCUCCAAUACCCACCUCUUUUUUAUCAUCAGCUAGUGACAAUCCCCUGGAGCUGAGGGAGACUCCCGAUGAAAUGUGCCAGAUUUACAGAUACGGUUACUUUAAAGCCACCAUCACAAUUGUAGAGGGAAUUCUAGAGGUUAACAUCAUCCGGAUGGCAGAUGUUCUGAUGCCCGCACCGCAGACUGACAACUCCCUGAUGGAUUUCGUCGUGACCUGCCAAGGAAACACCCCCACAGAGAUCUGUACCACAGUGUCUGACCCUACCUGCCAGCUCCCCCACAGCACCGUGUGCGACCCUGUGGAUGUGGACGCGGCUGGUACCUGCUUGCUGACUGUGAGAAGAGCCUUCACUGGGUCUGGGACAUACUGUGUGAACCUCACUCUGAGUGAUGAUACCAGUCUGGCCCUCAAGAGCACCCUGGUCUCUGUCCCUGCAAGAGACCCAGCUUCCCCUUUAAGAAUGGCAAAUGGUGCCCUGAUCUCCAUUGGCUGCUUGGCCAUAUUUGUCACUGCGAUCACCCUUUUGGUGUACAAAAAACACAAGGGAUACAAACUGAUAGAAAACAGUACUGGGAUCGUAGUCAAAGGCAAAGGCCUCAGUGUUUUCCUCAACCGUGCAAAGGCCAUGUUCCACCCUGGAAACCAGGAAAAAGAUCCACUGCUCAAUCACCAACCGGGAAUUCUUUAAAUCUUCAGCUUUAUUUCUGACCAAUAGCUUACUCUUCAGUGCCACUUAUGUGAGCUGGGCCAGAGUUGAUAACGAUUCACUUUUUUCCCUAAAGAUUAUUAUUAAAAUAUAUAUUGUGGCUUAGGGAGGUCCAAA